AUGCCAAGCACAACAGGUCACCCCGCCUCCCCCCGCGCCCGACCACGAUACUACCUCCCGCCAGCACCGGGAUGCUACCGCGCCACAACCGUGCUGGCCUUCUGUUGCCCGCGGGUUAUCCUGGCCAACCCCCACAGCCCUUCCCGUGACGAAGCUUGGGCAGAAUUGCCGGACCGCCACAUGCACUGGGCCCCUGUGUUCCAUCGCCAAUCCAACCACUGGUCCCCCGAGUGGGUUUGCCUCCGCUGCAACGCCACGGUGCACAGUGAGCAUCCUUUGCUACAGGCUCUGCCCCCCCACGCUGAGCGUCCCCACUGCCCUACACACGGCCCCCGGUGUCUGGCAUUGGACGUGCGCGAAGGCAGCCGCGGAUGGAUUUGCUCCCGCGGCGCUCAGGUCUUGACUUGCCCUGCAGUCCGCAUUCCUCUGCCACCCGCGAGCGCCGAGCCAGCUGAGCCUGCCCCUUCUGCCUCUGGCCCGCCCGCAGCUGAACCGGCUUGGUUCCACCAGGGACCCCCCCCCAGCCGCAUACCAACCUGGCCCUACGCACAGUUGGCUUUUCGUGCCAUUGCUUCACGCGGCUGUCGGGCGCCUCAGCCCAGGGGCUUUGCAAGCGUGGGCAUCCGAUUCUCGUUAUGGCAGCCUCUGGUCACGUGCUCUCGCCGACCUUCGGAUCGCAGGCUCUGUGCCUCCCGCGUUCGUUGUGCACGCACUCCAUAUCCUGCAACAGCUCUCUUCCGAAGAGGGCCGCCACGUGCCGCUCCCCACCUUGGCGAGCUCUCAGCCGCUCGCCGUGCCCUACUGAGCGAGCCACUUGCCCCUGGCAAUCAAGACACACUCGCGCAGCUGCGCGACCCGGCCCGCCGCCCCAAUCAGCCAUAUGCGCCACUCGACCCGGACCUGUUGUCUUGGUCGCCUGAAGCACCCGUCACACUGCCAGCGCUGCACCCGGCCCCGGGCCUCACGGCCGAUAUCGCGCGCUUGCUCCUUGACGAUGCCGAUUCCUCCGAAGCAUUUUGCGAGGUCGCACAGCUACUCGCACGCGCCCGCCUCCCCACCUCCAUUGCAUCGGCCCUUGGCCUCGGGCGCCUCGUUGCACUGCGCAAGCCGGCCGGCGGCGUCCGGGGACUCGUUGUCGGUGACUUCCUCCGCCGGCUGGUCGCCCGCACGCUGGCCCAACAGUUUAGCCAGCACAUUGAUGAAGCCACCCGCCCACACCAGUUUGCCUUGUCCACGCGUGCUGGUGCUGAGGCUCUCGCCCAUUGCCUCCAACUCGAAACCGACUCAGGCCCCCACUGCACUGUCCUCUCUGUCGAUGGCAUCGGCGCAUUCGACUUUGUAAGCCGCCAGUCCAUGCUGACAGAGCUCCGAAACACACCUGGCGCCGCCGCUAUGCUCUCCUUCGCCCGCCUGUUCUAUGGACGUCCGUCCUCCUUCGUCUGGUCCGACGAUGACGGCGCCACCCACCUCGUGUCACAAGCUGAAGGCGGCGAGCAGGGCGACCCACUGAUGCCCGCCCUCUUCGCUCUUGGCCUCGCGCCUGCGCUCCGCUCCUUCCAAGCCGAGCUCCUCCCCGGCGAGCGCGUGCGGGCUUUUUUAGACGACAUUUAUGUCACCACCCUCCCUGCCCGCACGGCAUGUGUGUUGUCCCGCUUGGAGCACCAUUUGUUCACGUCAUUGCAGAUCCGGCUCCAUGCCGGUAAAACCCGUGUCUGGAAUUCCGGUGGCGCUCCCCCGCCCAAUCUCCCUCCCCCUCCCGAAGGGUGCGUCACCUGGGUCGGUGACGCCGCACUUCCCCCACAAGACCGUGGUUUGCGUAUUCGGGGCUGGCAGCGCCCAGCCUCGCGUGCUGUUGACGACUGCAGUGCCGGCCGCCUCCGCGCCGCUCUCGACCCCACCUCGGUUGCGCUGCUGGACUCCCAGUUCUUCAACGCGGAGCAGAAUACCCUCUCCGGUGCUGACCCGUCUAGAGUGGCCAAACCACGCCUUCCUUCACGAUCAAUGCCUGAGCUACGGCAUCCAAAGAAGACGCUUUGUCAGUCAGCCAACCCGGUGCGCGAGCCAGAGUCUGCAGACCGUCAAGGGCGCUUCGUCGCAGGCGGUCGAGACAACAAAAUGGCGGCCAAGGCAGGGCGCCUCCCUGCAGCGUUGGCGCUGGUGGCGCUGUUGGCCCCGCUGGCGCUUGUGUUGAGGCCCACUGGCGACACCUUCGUUGGAACGUCCUUGCGGGUGCGGCCGGAGGCCCCCAGGGCAGUGCGCCGAGCAGAAGCAGACAACGAGGAGCUGAAAGCGGACUACGCAUUCGACGAGGUCGCAGAGGGCAAGAAACAGACAGGGGAUGGUUAUGACUGUGAUGCUGGCGGUUGUGAUGGUGGCGAUGGCCUGAGGAUGACGGUCAUGGCUAAUUCUGGGUGGCAAGAGGGUGCCCUGGGCGGCAAGCCGGUAGAGAAUGAUGCAAUGAUGCAUGGUGAGGUGCUGCCUCUUUUCAUAUUGUGCAUAGCUGGCAUCAUGACGCUGGUUCGGUUGGUGGGUCGUGAGGAGCCGCCAAAGGCUUGGUACAAGCAACGCCACAUUGACCGGCACAAGGCAGGAGUGAACAUGAAAUUUUUCGACAUAUACAAGAAGCCCGUGGACUUUUUCCCACACCGGCUUCAGGCAGGCGACACUGUGCGCGUGUAUUACCUGGAGGCCAAGCCAGGCUCUGGCGACAAGGAGGUUCGUGGCCUCAAGCUGUCGAAGGACCAACUGCGCGAGACGUACUUCGAUGGCACGAUCCUGAACUUUCGGGGGGAGUACCACGCGCGCACAAUGACGGUCCGUGCUAUGAUCGGCAAGGGCUUGUCUUCUGUCGGCUACGAGUUCCAGUUUCCCAUGCAUUCGCCGCUGAUCACAAGGAUCCAGGUGAUGAGGCGAGGCUUCAUUGGCCGCAACAAGAACGCGUGCGCCCAGGGCAAUGAAGCGAUAGCCUGGGGCGGGCACUGUGUGGAAGCCUCCGGCGAGUCCUUCGUCCAUAGCACUUGCAGGUACUUCCUGCGUGGGAUGGUCGGCAAGCGGAACAUUAUCCCAAUCGACAAGGAACGUACCGAGAUGGACAAGAGGUAUGCUGAUCUCCGACUUGAUGGCCGCGAGGACGAGAUCCCGGAUCCUGAGUAUCCACAGCAAGAGUGGGACACGUGCGCUCGGGAUGCUUGCACAACAUCUUUCUUCGUGCAUUGCUCUGACAGCUCCCUGGAGCGAUGCAGUGGUUUCGUGGCAAUGUCACACGGUGUGAGUGAGUGA